AUGAACGGCGAGAUCGCCGCGAACCCACGGGUGGCAGCCCCGGCUUUCCGAAAGAAUGACUCGGCGCGAUUAGGUGCAGCGAUCGCCUUUCAACAAUCUCGUCCACCAUCCAAUGUGAACGCCCAAUCCUCUGCUGCUGCUGCGGCCGUCUUCGCCAGUCGUACGAAUCGGCAUGCGGAGACUUCUACAGAGAUGGAUUCCGAGUCAGGCCCCGAAUUUGGUUCCGUGAAGGACAAGAUUGGAAGGUUUGCUGGCAGUAACUCGCUCGCUCCACCAACCACUUCCAGUACUCAAGGACGACCACGAACUCCCUCGAUAUCGAGAUCGCCAAUCCCAAAAUCCCCAGCCCGAAGUCCCGGUCCAGAACAACUGGCAGCACAUGCGGCAGCUCGUCUAGCGGCGGAAAGGUCCCCAGCGCGAAAACUGGAGCCGACCGUCGAUGCUGCCCGACUCGGUGCCAUGCGUAGUGCGAGCAGAGCACAAUCUCAACAACCCCCACCGCGAUCCCCAGGGAAUCGCCAAGAGCUACGCUCCCCUCUCCCAAUUCGACCGGAUCCCCAUAGAAUGCUCGAUGAUGACCUCUCAAGCUUCGACGGAGAACCCGGCAAUGGACCGCCUCUGUCCACUCGAUCCCCAUCAAUUCGAUCCCGUGCUGGCAGUGUUCGUAGCCAGGCAACAAGUCCAUACCCCUCCACCUCUCGAAUAUCUCUAGUACUACCGGAUGAAGUGGCAUCAAAAGGUCCCCCACUACCCCCGCGGUCAUCAGCUUCUUCGCAGGCUUCAUUACGCAAACCGAUGCUUGCCCCGAGCUCAUUACGAGCGACACCGAGCAUGGCAUCAAUCUCAGCUUUAUCACACAAUAGCAGCUCUAGUGCGCUGAGUGAAUCAGGCAUGAACGAGGAAGCUCUCUCCAAUGCCAUUGUCGCCUCCUCCCUUGCAUCCGCCCGUGCAUCCCCUAUGCCCAAGGCUCCACCUCCACCUCCACGCCGACGAAGGGCUCGGUCCAUUCUUCAAUUAACACAUUCCCCAAUGAGUGAUCUAUCAAGAACUCCGAGUCCACCGAAAGGCAUGCCGAUGACUUUGCGCGGUAUUCCGAAAGACUCCGACUCCAAUCGACGACAUAAAGUGAACCUACUCCACAAACACCCACAUAAGCAUAAUGAAGGGGAUCGGAAACGAUGGCGGCAAGAAGUGACUGAAAAGGAGCGCAAACGGUAUGAAGGUGUUUGGGCCUCCAAUAAGGGGCUGCUCAUUCCAUCCAAUCUCAAGCUGAGUGGGACCGAGAGAUGGCCUCCACCUUCGGAGAUGGUGUUGAACCUUGUGGUGCGGGAGAUCUGGUCCCGCAGCCGUCUGCCAUCCACGGUGUUGGAACAGGUGUGGAGCCUCGUGGAUAGUCAAAACAUCGGACUUUUGACCAAAGAAGAAUUCGUGGUUGGAAUGUGGUUGAUUGAUCAGUCAUUAAAGGGUCAUAAAUUACCAGUUCAUAUUCCAGAUAGUAUCUGGGAUAGUGUACGGUAUGUGACGGGCAUCAAGCUCUCGUCCAUUGGAAAAUAA